AUGGCAGUGGGUUUGCUCGAUCUACCAAGCCAAGGCCGCCACCGUGGUUCACAAGUCGGUCGUGGCCCUAACGUGGACAAACAUAGGCAUUCUUGGGGUAAGAAAUGUUUGGAAGAUUACUUUAUCCCAAAUUCUGUGUACUCUAAUGUUGAUUUUCGAGAGCGAUAUAGAAUGCAACUCCAUUUGUUCAAUAAAGUCAUACAUGAUGGUUGCAAUUACAAUGCAUACUUCAUUCAGAAGUGUGAUGCUACUGGAGUUUUGAGGCUUCUUCCAGAGCAAAAGCUUACAGAUGUGAUACGAAUGCUGGCGUAUGGUUCAUCUGCUGAUCAGGUGGAUGAGAUUGCAAGGAUGGGGAAGUCCACCAUUUUAGAGAGCUUGACUAGAUUCUGUGAUGCAAUCGAAACUCUCUACACCAAGGACUACCUCUGCAAACCUACACUUAGGGACCUCUAA